AUGAGUUCAUCUAAGAUGGCCAAGAAAUGGGAGGGUCGCUUCAAGAUUUUCAGGUUUUUACACAGUAACUGGCAGUAUGCUGUGAUUAACCCCGAAUAUAUAGACACAAGUGACGACAAGAAGGAUGAGGAGGCUUCGUCAUCAGAUUACAUGAAUUUCUCUUUCGACUUCGAGAGCUGUCGGGGUUGGGCUGGUAAUUAUCCUUGCGUCUUCGGACCUACCGAGGGAUGCUCUUGCCAUAACCCACACAAACUACCGAUCGCGUAUAAUAAAUGCGUCCCAUCGGAUAAGAAGCCCCUGGGCCUCGUACGGCGGCUCACUGGGCCGCCUAAGCAAGAUAUGGCGGGAUACGAUAAAGCUCAGGACGGCGAACGAAUAUGGUCUUUAUUACAUCUAGACCACUCCACUGCUGAUCCGCUUGAUCCUAUCCACCCUUCUAUCCGCUAUGCUCUGGCAUACUAUCAUAUCCAUUGGGUUCAGACCGCGACAUCACUCGAGACACAAAGAGAAAGAAUCAAGGCCUUAGCGUGUCACGGAACCGUGGCCGGGGAUGGGAACAAGCGGCCCGAGUUUCGGUAUUGGACCCAACCUUACUGGUACAAGGACUCCUUUUAUAUUCAGCAAGCGAUCCGAUUUACGAUCGAACCGAAGAAACAAAAGUUUUUGUUCGGACACGAGUAUGCCAUACUGGGAUAUUCUCCGAAGGAUUGGACGUUCAGGACUUGUCCGCACUACUGGCAACGCUUUCAACAAUAUGACUUCCAAGAGACGCGAGGACUUAUAAAAGCGGGCACGUCAUAUGUAUCGAAGUGGCGCGACCCUUUAGGAGGCUCCGGUAGCAAAUGGACCAAGUGGCACAGCGUAUAUGGACCUGGCUAUCAUGUUCUCAACUGUCGGUUUUGUUGCACUGAUACCUGCGUGGACAUAGACCUUGUUAAGGGCAAGAUCGUAGUCCAUAUAUGGGUAUGGAAAGAUCUCGGAAAGGCGCUCAACCCAUUUGAUCCGAAAUGGAUCUCGGCCCUUCGCCCCGAGGCAUCCGUUUGGAGCCGGUCGCGGACUGAGGCGGCUGGCAAUAAAGUGAGGAGCGCAGUUCGUGCAGCAAUGGAUGAAGAAUCCGGGUAG